AUGGCAACUAGAAGUGGAAUAUAUGGAGGUGGAGCUGGUGGAUCUGGAAAUUUGGCGGGUGGAAAGAUAUUUGGAGCACCACUGCCAGAGUUGAUGAUUGCACAGAGAAAGACACAUCCAGAGUUGCGUAUACCACUGUUCUUACACAAUGGAUUCAAAUAUAUUAUUCAGUAUGGACUGCAGAUCGAGGGUAUCUUUCGUAUCGCCGGUACAAAAGAGCGUGUCAAACAGCUACAGAUGCAGUUGGAUCGUGGCGAGCAAAUAGAAUGGGCGGUUACAAGAAGACCUGUCAGACAAUCUCUAUCAUGGACAAUGGCGAUAGCAAGUUGA